GUUUCCUUGUGGGGUGAGGUUUUGUUUUUUGGUAUCAGUCUGGUUUUAAACAUUCCAGCGACACGGAGGGUUCGAACAGUAGCAUCAUGGAACAAAACAGGUCACAGGCUGUCAAUCCGCAGCACCUUCAUAGGGAGAAGCUUCCCGAGGGGAAUCGGCGCACACAAGGACCACUCGCUGCAGGCACCUGUGAGGAACAGGAUUUGAGAUGGUCAGCCCAGUCGCCUCCCUCAGACGAUGGUCUUGGUACCAGCAGGACUCUGGUCCGUGUCAUUGUGGUGGGAGCUGGCAGUCGAGGGGCGGGUUAUAGCCUUUUUGCAUCUGUUCACCCUGAUCGCAUGAAGGUCAUUGGAGUGGCUGAUCUAAAUGAAUUUGCUCGCACAGAACUUCAACAAAAGUAUGAAAUUGUGGAUGAAAAUGUAUUUGAAGACUGGUCCAGUGUGACUGAAAGAGAGAAGUUUGCGGAUGCUGUGUUAAUUUGUACUCCAGAUCACCUUCAUAAGGAACCGGCAGUGGCCUUUGCAAAGAAGGGCUACCAUGUUUUGCUGGAGAAACCAAUGGCAAUGUCUGCUGAAGACUGCAGAGAAAUCGUGGCGGCUUGUACUGAGAGAGGCGUGAUGCUAAUGGUGGGUCACGUCCUCCGAUACGAUCCUCUCAUCCGCAAGAUUAAGGAGCUGAUAGAUGCUGGAGUCAUCGGUGAUUUGAUCCAUAUUCAGCACCUUGAGCCGGUUGGAUUUUUUCACUUUGCACAUUCGUAUGUUCGGGGGAACUGGAGGAAGGAAGCAGAGAGUUCUUUUUCUCUUUUGGCCAAGUCGUGCCAUGAUAUCGACCUCAUACAUCACUGGGCUGGAGCGCGAAGGUGUGUCAAAGUGUCUUCAUUUGGAUCUCUGUGUCAUUUUCGAAAAGAAAGCAAACCACCAGAUGCAGCGGCUCGUUGUCUGGAUUGUUCGGUAGAAGCAGACUGUCCUUACUCGGCCUGUAAAAUCUACCUGGACAAAGUGAAACUGGGACACGCUGGCUGGCCAGUGUCAGUCAUUUGUCCAAACUCCAUCCCCGACAUCGAGUCAGUGACAGAAGCGCUGAAGACUGGACCAUACGGCCGCUGUGUCUACGAGUGUGACAACGAUGUCUGUACUAACCAGGUUGUAAACAUGGAGUUUGAAGGAGGUCUGACUGCAGCAUUCACCAUGAUGGCGUUCACCAGAAAGCUGUGCAUGCGACAGACGACCAUUUAUGGUACCAAGGGAGAACUUUCAUACGAUGGCGAAGAACUAUACACAUUCGAUUUCCUGACCCAGAAAUCCACUCAACACUCAGCACAUAGCAGCGCCCCCUGGUUCUUUGGACACGGUGGAGCAGACUACCACCUUAUUGAUGCUUUUAUUUCCGCUGUGGCAAACAACGAUCCCUCUCUGAUCUGUUCGGGUCCCGAGGAAACACUGCUGAGCCACCUGCUGGUGUUUGACGCAGAGCGCUCACGGCGGGAGGACAGGGUGGUGCACUGUGACCGUAUCAGCCGGAGCUAGAAGACGCACGGUAUCUUCAGGAGGAAACUUCUCCCCUGCAGGACCAAACCUUCUGAGGACUCCUGCGGCUGAAGACACGGCAGAGCCACAUGUUGCAGAUUGAAUCUUUUUAACUUUGUGUUUGUUUUCACGUUGCACCAAACGACAGUGUGUCUCUAACAUCUGUCGUGUCAGGUAUUCCCAAGUGCUCGAGUUUCCGUCAGCCCAAAGUUGCUUUGACAGUUUGAAAGUGGGUGGGACUUAGUGAGUGAGGAGAAGUCCAGGGACGGACACCAGAGUGUUUUACCAUCAGUUCCUCUGCCCACGUCCUUCCUCUGUUGAUGGACCAGCCUCCUCCAGAUUGAGACAAAUCACUGCAAACAUCCACAGGGGACGCAGGUCAUAGGGUGGGCGUGGUCAGCUGACCACUAUGUCACAGCUUAUUGGAUUUGUGAAUGGACGCACGACCUAAAUGAGUCAUUUCCUUAAAAAUACUUUACCACUUACUUUUCACAGGUAAAAAAAUGAAUCAGUGCUUAGAAUAAAAUUUCAGCACCACAGAAAACCAAAAUAAUGAGUCAAACAAGUGCAACAUAUGAAAUGAUAUAUACACACAGUC